AUGAAGAUUCUUUCCUGGAAUGUUAGAGGCUUGGGUAGGGCAGAUAGAAGGCAAAGGAUUAAGGAAUUUCUAAGUCAGAAAUAUGUGGAUAUGGUUCUGCUGCAAGAAACAAAACGGUCAUGUAUGGAUGAGAGUGGUGUUAGGUCUUUGUGGCCUAUUGAUUCGGUGGAAUUCAUGGAAGUGGGCGCAGAUGGUAGUGCUGGAGGGCUUCUUUGUGUAUGGGACCCUCUGAUCUUCUCAUUAAAGGAGUGCCGCUGUUUCAGAAGUUUCAUACUAUUGGCAGAUUUGACUAGGAGAAAGUUAUGGGGUAUUCUUUCCAAUUUGAAGUCUAUUUUUCCUAAUCCUUGGUACCUAGGGGGUGACUUUAAUGAGAGCUGGAACAGGAUUGAUCAAUUUCUAGUUAACCCUGACUGGUUAGAAUGGUUCAAAUACAAGGUUUGGGGUCUACCAAGAUUUUUUUCUGAUCAUAGCCCUAUUCUGCUGAUGGAAGAUGAUAGGAAUUGGGGCCCGAAACCUUUCAAGUUCAUCAAUGCUUGGGUUUUACACCCUGACUUCCUUGAUGAAGCUAAAAGAGCAUGGGAAUCAUCAGGUGUACAAGGUUGGGCUUGUUAUAUCAUCAUGGAGAAGCUGAGAGUUCUAAAAGUAGCACUGAAAAAAUGA